AUGAGCAACUUCCAAAAGAAAGAUGUAAGCGGCAUGCCUUCAUCAUCGAGACCACGAGGAAUGUCUGGUGCUGGAUCAGGAGGAUCCGGCCGACCAGCUGUUACGACGCCAAUGUCCGAGCGUCAGCAAAUGGCCCUGCUGAUGCAAAUGACUUCUGGCAGCAAUGAUGCAGAAAUGAGCCCUGGAGGGGGGAGUUCGAGUUCAGCACAUUCUCGAUCGUCUCGCGAUCGAAUCAACGAACGAGGUGAAACGGCUCUUCACAUAGCUUCGAAAAAGGGAGAUCAAGAUUCAGUGAAGAAAUUACUCGAACAAGGGGCCAACCCUAAUGUGACUGAUUUUGCUGGCUGGACCCCUCUUCAUGAGGCAUGUAAUCAUGGCCAUUACAAUGUUGCACUAGCCCUAGUUAAGGCAGGAGCUAACAUAAAUGCCACCGGCUUGGAAAACGAUACUCCACUACACGAUGCUGCUAUCACUGGGCAGCUGAAAUUGGUGAAAAUGCUCGUCGAGCGAGGUGCUGACCCGUCCUUCAAAAACCAGAAAGGUAAAACUCCCUGCGAUGUUGCAGCCCCGGCCGUCUACAAUUAUCUGACGCAAGCGAAAGACAAUGCCGUCACGCGCCACGGGCAGCAUUUGAAGAAAUCCUCCUCAGAAACGGCCGGCAACAGUGGUGGCAGUAGUGGUGGUGGAGGUGGCACUAGUAGCGGUGGUGGUGGGAGUAAUUCCGGUGGCAGCAGCAGCGGACCCGGGAGUGGUGUUUCGGGGAGCUCCUCCAGCAAGCGAACCCACGGCAGCAGCACCACCACCGGAAGUAAUACUCAUCAGGAUACGGACGCGAGCAGCAGCAGCGAGACGGGUGCGGUCGUAACUGGCAUGGGUGGUGCCGGUACGGGAAACUCAAACAGCGGCGGUGGUGGCAAGGACAAGGAAGAGGACGACAUUUAUGAGUUCAAAUCAACUCCGAAGGAUUCCAGCUCGAGUUCGAGCGAUGAGAAAGAUGGCGGUGGUGGUGGUGGUGGUGGUAGCAACGGUGGCACGGGUGCGAGUAAAAAAGGCUCGUCGGAAAAGCAAAACGACGAGAAGCAGCAAUCCGGCGGAACGCAUCACGAGAGUGGUUCGAGCACUGCGCAGGAUCACGUGACGUCACGAGAGACAGGAGGAGCCCCCGGCGGAUCGCAACAAUCCCGCGAUGAAGCACAAUCACAACUCGGACAUGCGACGCAGCAACAAACCGCACCGGAAGUGGGAGAAAAGCGCGAGCCACAGAAAGACACCCAAACGAACGGUGGAGGAUCAUCGUCCUCGGUUUCGUCCGGUGCCGUUGGAACAGGGUCACAUUCGGUUAGUGCUGAUCACGAACCGGCCAGUGGUGGUGGAAGUGGAAGCGGAGGCAGCAGUGGCAACAACACCACGAGUGGCAACACAAAUGCAGGUGGAUCAGCACUAGGCAACACGUCAGGACCCGGUGGCAGUGUCUCGAACACGGGUGGUUCAUCCGGAAACGGCACCGGAGGGACGACGUCAGCUGCAGCGUCAUCAUCCACUUCCGGCGUACCGAAGCGGCCAUUUUCCGAGCUAAACGAUGCCACGGACGAUGGCGGACAGACAAACGAAGAUGAAAUUAAGCGCAAAAAGCGUAAGGACGUCGAUCCGCUUGGUGGUGGUAACGUUAAGGAUGCCUCCGCGUCUUCUGGCGGAUCUGGAGGAUCCACGAGCUCUUCCUCGGGGUCGUCGAUGGGGGGAAAAUCAAGCGGAAGUGUAGGCAAUCGUGGGUCAGUCCCACGGCAGGAAAAGGGCACCAAAUCUUCCGGUGUGUCGACAUCAAAAACGCUAGGUAUUUCGACGAAAAAUGCCCUGGACCGGAAGAGUCCGUGUGCCAGUCCUAAACCCACACAAGGCACUUCGACGGGUACGGGUGCAAAUGGUGCAGCUAGCGGUGCAUCGUCCAGCACGGGAGCAAAUGCAGGGAACAACGUGUCGUCUACGGGAGGCGCAUCGUCAUCCAGCGGAAAGGGUGGAUCUUCCGGUACGAGCAGCAGCAAUGACAGCGAUGGAGAGAGUGGAAGCGCGGCCACAGCCAGUGGUGCGGAUGAUGCCACCGGUGGCAAGAGUGGCGGUGAUUCUGGGUUCGGUAGUGGUUCCGGAGGUGGCCCAAAGGUUCCACCGUUGAAGAUCGUUAUCCCGCAACAAAACGCAACGUGUGACGCGGAAGUGGGAGGCAAUACGCGCAAUGGCAAAAACGCCUCGACGAGAAACCAUGCCGCGCUUCCGUACGUGGUGGCAUCCUCGAAUAGUAACGAUUCGACGGGAGAUAAGGAAAGCACAUCAUCACGAAGUGCCAGUCCAGCGGAUCCCAAGAGUUCGGAUGAGAAAAAUCCCACCCAGGGCACCACAAAGGACGAGCGUACUCAGCAGCGCGUGCUGCGCAGCUCACACCGCGGUGGAAAUGGUGGCAACAGCAGCAGCUCUACGAAGGAUGGUUCCUCUACGGGGGUCGAUCGUUCGAACAAUUCCUCACCACAGAUGCAACAAGCGGGCAACAGUGGUUCACCAUCGCCCUUGUCCAACAGUGGGUGUGAUUCGGCGGAACGUCCCAAUGGUGCGUCUUCCACCGGGACAAAUGGUGCCGAUGGUGGACCAGCGAUUGGUGGCUCGGCACAAAGCGGAACCGGCCAGGCGAAUAGUCCUGGCGGUAGUGCAAGCGGGCAAACUGCAGCUUCCGGUGAGAGUGACAACGGAACAGCAGCCACCGGUGGUACGGUGGGUUCCGGUGGAAGUGUGAACCCAAAAAGUCCUUCCAGUUUAAACGGAUCGUCAGCUGGUGGUCCUGCGGGCGGAAGAUCGCUAAGCAGUGCCUCCAACAGUGGUGCGAUCGACAGUAAUGGUACAGGAAACGGCAACACAGGGAGUGGUGGAAGUGGCGGAGGAAAUAGCUCGACAACGUCAUCGGUUUCCGGAGCAUCAGGCGCAAACGUUGGACCAUCCGGGAGUGGAUCCUCGUCUACUAGUGGGCCAUCGACGACGAGUGGACAACCGGUGUCUGGUUCGGCACAGUCGCAAACAUCCGCUUCCGGAGCGACACAAAGCACCAACUCUUCCUCCUCAUCCUCGUCGUCGUCGUCGUCUUCGUCGUCCACUUCGGAAUCGUCCGUCCAUCCGCGCAAGCGCAAGAUUAAAACGAGCAAAGAACAAUCGUCCACCUCGUCCGCUUCAACCGUAGGUGCUAGUACCACCGGGGUCAAUGCAUCUUCCGCCACUGCACCAUCCGGGUCAACGUCCUCAGCCACAACGGCCGGACCCGGUAGCAGUGGCAGCACGGUAACGGGUGAAGAGAAGAAGGAAAUUCGUGAAGAAACACCGGAUGUGCAUCCACACGAUCAGCCGAUUACAAACUGCUACCAGAUGUACCUAAACAUCCGCAAGCAGAUCGAACGGCGCCAAAAGAGCCUUUUCCCGGUACAACCGAAGCCACCACAGGGCUUCAAAGACUACCUGAUGAACCGUUGUACGUACGCACUGGCAGGCAAGACGCCGUCGGAACCGAACGUACAGGUCCCGGUCACACUUCCGGUGUCGUUGAAGGAUCUCUUCCAGGCUCAGGAGAAGGAACGCCACAAACUGCGCAUGCAGCACAUCGUCGAGAAGGAGAAGCUGGUGUUGGCAGUGGAACAGGAGAUUCUCCGUGUACAUGGACGGGCGGCACGUGCCCUUGCCAACCAAUCGUUACCCUUUUCCGUGUGCACGAUCCUAAAGGACGAGGAGGUGUACAACAUAAUCACGCCCGAGCAAGAGGAAAAAGAUCGAAACGCACGCAGCCGGUACAAUGGACGCCUGUUUCUCAGCUGGCUGCAGGACGUAGACGACAAGUGGGAGAAGAUAAAGGAGGCGAUGUUGUUGCGCCAUCAUAAUGAGGCCGAGAGCCUUCACGCGGUGCAGAAGAUGGACUGGGAAUGGAAGAUGAAGGAACACUCGCUCUGCGAGUUCAAGGCAAAGCCGAUCAUCGACGAAACGUACGUGCCGAUGGUGAACGUGAACGAUGAUUUCGAUUUGCUGCCGGCGUAGGACAAGCGCCGGUUUGGCGCACAGGGUAUAAACGAGUCGUAUGCUUUUGAUGUAUACGUUUAAAUGUUUUACGUUCUAUGGGGUGAACACGGUAUUCCCCGGGAAUGAGCCAGGACAGGACAGGAGUAAACUGGAGCCAAUGUACAUACGGGAAUGGACACUGGUGAUGCAAA